CAAAAACUCACUAAUAAUAAUAUUCAUCAUCAAAACAAAAAAAAAAAACCCAAAAAAAGAAAAAAAGAUACUGAAAGAGGUAACACCACGAAGGAAGCCACUUGACAGCUUCGUGACUGUGACACCCUUCCUCUUUACCUCCGUCACUCACACGACGCCGUUUCAUCUCUCCUCUGUCGUUUCCCUCUUCUCCUUCUUCCCUUCGAUGCCGUUUAUCUAUCUCCUCCUUCUCUCGUUUCACCGUUCCUAGUCAACGCGUUUUCACUUUUCCUCUGUCGUUUCACCGAUUCGCACCUUUUUCCACGCGCUCUCUCUUAGAUGUUGCAAGUAAGUAGACUGAUUUUGCUAGUGCAAGGAGCUUUUGUUUUCAGUCACACCUCAGAAAUUUGUAUUUGAAGGUUCAAUUGAAGCUUCCCCGACAUUAUGGAGCGACCCGGGAGCUUCAGCGACAGUCAUCAUAUUAUAGAAAUAGCUGGGAGUGUCGAGGCUUCUACAUCUUCCUCAUCUCGUGAUAGAAAUUUUAAUGGUGUAGACGAGUCACAUCGUGAAGAAAGAAUUAGUGGUGCGCGGUUGGCUGUUGGCCAGCCUUCAGUUUCCACCUCGGGCAUAUCAAAUAGUAGGAGUUCUUCGUUAGUAAGAAGGGGGGACGCUCGUCGGAGUAGGAGUCCUGUGCAUUCUGGGUUAUGGAUAUCUAUUGAACUAGUUCUGUUAGUAAGCCAGAUUGUUGCGUCUAUUGUUGUUUUGUCGUUGUCAAGGAAUGAGCAUCCAAGGACCCCGUUGUUUCAAUGGAUAGUGGGCUAUGCUUCUGGAUGUGUUGCUACACUCCCUCUUCUUUAUUGGCGGUAUUAUAAUCAUAAUCAUAUGCGAGAACAAGAAUCAGCUCAGACACGUCAAACGUCUCCUCGGGUUAGUGAUCCUUCUGGGACAUUUCUUUCGAUUGCCAGAAAUAAUGGAGGGGAUGAUGGUCAGGCAGCUGCUGCAUCUGCUAGAAGCAAUCAAACUUCACUAUUGAUGAAUAGAAGAAUGAAGAUACUUGUGGAAUACUUCAAAAUAUCCUUAGAUUGCUUUUUUGCUGUGUGGUUUGUUGUUGGAAACGUAUGGAUCUUUGGAGGACGAUCUUCUGUUGAUGAAGCUCCUAAUUUGUAUAGGUUAUGUAUAGUGUUUCUUGCAUUUAGCUGUAUCGGUUAUGCUAUGCCUUUCAUUCUCUGUUCAACCAUCUGCUGCUGUCUCCCAUGUAUAAUUUCCAUCCUUGGUGUUAGAGAGGAUCUGUCACAAAACAGAGGAGCAACUUCUGAAUCCAUUAAUGCACUGCCAGUUUACAAGUUCAAGAUGAAGAAAAAUAAAAGAAGCAGUGAAAACAACUCUGGUAAUGUAGAAGGUGGAAUUGUGGCAGCAGGAACUGCAAAAGAGCGUGUGAUCUCUGGUGAAGAUGCGGUUUGUUGCAUCUGCCUCGCAAAGUAUGAAAAUAACGACGAGCUUAGAGAACUGCCUUGUUCUCAUCUUUUCCACAAAGACUGUGUUGAUAAGUGGUUGAAGAUAAAUGCAUUGUGCCCUCUUUGCAAGAGUGAGGUUGGUGAAGACCCAACAGGAUUAGGGUCUGGAGAAGAUGCCACCCAAACAACAUGAUGAGAGCGGAAUUGUAAAUGGAGUCACCAAUCCCUAGGUUUAAUCUAGUUAUAUACAAUACAUACACUUUGGAUGCUCUCAUUAUCCUUGAGACCUGAGAAACGGAUAAGCUCAUCUUGCAGGUUAAGAGAGAGAAAGAACAAAUCACCUAUUUAUAAAAUUGGUGGAUCUUACUCGGGUAAUGGUGAUGGGUUCAUACACAAUAAGUUUGUGUUUUUCUCUCUCAUAACAUGAAGACACUUAUAUCUUCUGAAGGGAAAGGAAAUUAUCUAAAAAUACCAUUAUUAUAUACAAUAUGUACACACAUAAUCUUGUAAAGUUUUUUUCCCCCUUUCUAUAAUACUCACUCUUUCUCCAUGGAUGGAUCGACGCGAUCCAUUCCAAUUCCA